GAUCCAACCCGGGUCUCCCGCACUGCAGGCGGAUGCUUUACCUUCUGAGCUACUAGAGGAGACCAUUCAUUCUAUACAGACAGGCAAAACUGUUUGACAGAUAAAUGACAAAUCUUCAGCUCAAGUCGUGAAACACAGCUGAUGCUGCAAGAAGAUGCAACGUAUUCUUUUUUUUAUAACAGACCUGUGGCUCAUAUGAUCACACACGUGUACCAGUCACAAGGCCACUGGCACCCGUGAUGUACCACACACAGACACUCAGAUUCACAGACCUACCUCCACACAGCCUGACUUGCACCCGCCGCUCAACCACCCCCGUCACACAGCAACCCGCAUACCCACCCCACCACACACACAUCACCCCAGUCACACUCCUGCACAGCCACGGUCUCCACCGCGGCUCUCACCUCACUGCUCAGUCACGAGUCACACUCCAGGCCGUGGACUCCUUCCAGUUAGGUGCUGCUUCAGCACACGCCGUCUGGCACCCAAAGAAUUACACACACGCAGAAACACAACUCAUUCUCAGCCGCAGGCGUACUCGGUCCCGCAACCCUCACAGCGGCAAACACACAUACACACGUACACACGCUCACGAGGCCGGGUACAUGUGAACCACGCGCCGGGACUACCCGGAGGGAAGAAUCUGACAGAAUCCGCCUCGCACGCGCUCGGCCUCAGGGCGGCACCACGGACGCACUCUGCUGUCAAGACUCUGGACUCCAUUGUCUGGAGGUCCGUCGAGGCUCGCACAGCCGGGACUGCUCUCGGCUGAGCUCUGUCAGCUCACCGCGCGAGCACGCGGGUACCAGAGUCCGGUACCAGAGCCGCCCUGUCCGAGCGUGCGGGCGCCUGCGCACUCAGAGCCCAAGCCCACCGGCUGCCGGCCGUGGACUACAUUUCCCAGAAGGCCCAGGGGGAGGGUGUAAACUUCACCCAGAGGGCUUCACGGAGCCGUCCUUUCCGGGUUGCGCAGCUACCACGAGUAAGCCACCGCGUGUAAAAUUCACCCAGAGGGCUUCACCGAGCCGUCCUUUCCGGGUUGCCCAGCCACCGCAUGAGUCGGCUAUCAUGUCAAAGACGGGCUCCCAUCUGGUCACAGGCGUGAGGUAGAGCUGAUGUGGCCCUGGAGGGGACAUUACCCGUCUGGCUGUGCUCUAAGAAAGGCUUGGUGUCUCAUGAUUUCCUUCUUCCCCAGUCCUGCCAGUCUUUGCAAGAAGGAUCCUGAAGAGAAAGGAAACAAAUUUCCCCAUCUAAAACUACAGAUCAGUCCUAGCUUCUCUGGAUUCUGUACUUUUCGAGUGGAGGAACCCCAAAGAGGACUACGAAGUUCUUGCAGUUCUACAACCAUGGCCCAUACGUCCUUGUCAUUCAGGGAUGUGGCCAUAGACCUCUCCCAGGAAGAGUGGGAGUGCCUGAACCCUGUUCAGAGGGCCUUGUACAGGGAUGUGAUGUUGGAGAACUACAGCAACCUGGUCUCAUUGGGAUGUUCCACUCCUAAGCCAGACAUGAUUACUUUACUGGAGCAAGAGAAAGAGCCCUGGAUGAUAAUGAGAGAAGGAACAGGAAGUUGGUUCACAGAUUUGGAGUCUAAGUAUUUCACCAAGAAGGUAUUUCCAGAAAAGGAUAUUUGUGGAACACAUUUGUUUCAGUUGCAGACAGUGGAUGAAAGUCAAACUUAUAUCCAGGAGGACACCAUUUUCAGAAAUGAUUUGCAGUGUAAACAUGAGUUUGAGAGACAAGAAGCACAUCAAAUGAGAUAUGCUAGUCAAAUGAUAAUCCAAAACUCUGCAGCUCUUCCUCUACAUGAGAAAAUUCAUGCCAUAGAGAAAUCAUAUGAAUGUAAGGAAUGUAGGAAGGCUUUUAGACAACAGUCACACCUUAUUCAACAUCUAAGAAUUCAUACUGGUGAGAGACCCUAUAAAUGCAAGGAAUGUGGGAAAGCCUUUUGUCGUGUGGGGGACCUUAGAGUACAUCAGAGAAAUCAUGCUGGGAAGAGACCCCAUGAAUGUGACAAUUGUGGGAAGACUUUUAGGCUUCCUUAUCACCUUACUGAACAUCAGAGAAUACAGUCUGUUAUGAAACCCUAUGCGUGCAAAGAAUGUGGAAAGUCCUUUUGUCGUGUGGGGGACCUUAGAGUACAUGAGACAAUUCAUGCUGGGGAGAGACCUUAUGAAUGUAAGGAAUGUGGGAAGGCCUUUACACUUCACUAUCAGCUUACCGAACAUCAAAGAAUUCAUACUGGUGAGAGGCCUUAUGAAUGUAAAAUUUGUGGAAAGACCUUUGAGGUACAAGGACAUGUUCGUCAACAUCAGAAAAUUCAUACUGGUGUAAAACCCUAUAAAUGUAAUGACUGUGGGAGGGCCUUCAGUCGUGGCUCAUACCUUGUUCAACAUCAGAAAAUUCAUACUGGUGACAAACCCUAUGACUGUAAAGAUUGUGGUAAGUCCUUUAGUUUUCAUGCAGAUCUUACUCGACAUCAUAGAAUUCAUAGUGGUGAGAAACCCUACAAAUGUAAAGAAUGUGGAAAAACCUUUCGUCUCCAAACAGAACUGACUCGGCAUUGUAGAAUUUAUACUGGAGAGAAGCCCUAUGAGUGUAAGGACUGUGGGAAGGCCUUUAUUUGUGGCUAUCAGUUGGCUUUACAUCUGACAGUUCAUACUGGUGAGAUUCCCUGUGAGUGUAAGGAAUGUGGGAAAACCUUCAGUAGUCCCUAUCAUCUUACUCGACAUCACAGAAUUCAUACUUGUGUAAAACCCUAUAAAUGCAAGGAAUGUGGGAAGGCCUUUAUUCGUAGCAGUCAACUUAUUUCACACCAGCGAAUUCACACCAAUAACACCUACGAGUGCAAAGAAUGUGGAAAGGUUUUCAGACGUCGCUCCGGUCUUAAUCAACAUUAUAAAAUUCACACCGGUGAAAAACCCUAUGUAUGUAAAGAAUGUGGAAAGGCCUUUCGCGUUCAAUCAGAACUCCGUGUGCAUCACAGAAUUCAUACCGGUGAAAAGCCCUAUAAAUGUCAGGAAUGUGGGAAAGCCUUUGUCUGUCGCCAUCAUGUUACUCAACAUCAGAGAAUUCAUACUGGUGAGAAACCUUAUGAAUGUAACAAAUGUGGGAAGACCUUUAGUCGGCGCUGUUAUCUUACUCACCAUUACAGAAUCCACACCGGGGAGAAACCCUACAUAUGCGACAAAUGUGGGGAGGCUUUUAUGUGUAGGUAUCAACUUACCUUUCAUCAAGGAAUUCACACUGGUGAGAAUCCAAACGAAUGUAAGGAAUGUGGAAAGAUCUUCAGUCGCCGGUAUCGUCUUACUAAUCAUUUUAGAAUUCAUACUGGUGAGAAACCUUAUGGGUGUAAAGUAUGUGGGCGUGCCUUCCGUCUUCAAUCAGGACUUAGUCUACAUUACAUAAUGCAUACAGGUGAAAAACCCUAUAAAUGUAAAGAAUGUGGGAAAGCCUUUAGUGUUAGGUCAGAACUUAAACGACAUCACAGAAUUCAUACUGGUGAGAGACCCUAUAAAUGUAAACAAUGUGAGAAGGCUUUUGCUCGUUGUGAUCUACUCACUGUACAUCAGAGAACACAUUAGUUAGGAAUCCCUAUGCAUAAUGUAAAGAGGAUAUUGAUUGGUUGCUAAGUUGUGUCUGCCUCUUUGUGACCCCAUGGACUAGCCUACCAGGCUCCUCUGUCCAUGGGA